CGUCUUGUAAUUGGAUUACAGCAGUUCUUCCCCACCACCACUUUUCAUAUCUGCGGGUUCUCAUAGUGGCAGUCUUCAAGUCUUCUCUUUUGUCUUCUCUAUUAGUUGUUAAAUAGAAAUUGGUGGUAAUAGUAAACAUUUGCUGCAAAAAUAAAAUGCAUUUCCAGCGUAUGUACAGAAAACUGCUCAGAGAAAAACAUAUACAUAUCAAAAUCUUGUUCCUCGGUGCUAUUGCCAUCGCCUUUUUGGCUUUUCUGUGGUUUGCAUUUGUUUCGUUGUUUGGCGAUAACACACCAAAUGAGCUAAACCCUCAAGCAGGCUAUGCUUUCGACUACAUAGUGGUUGGUGCUGGCACAGCAGGUUCAGUGGUGGCUUCCUUGCUCGCCAAGCACAGCCCAACCUCAACGGUGCUGCUCAUUGAAGCCGGCGAUUCAUUUGGUUUGUUGAGUAAAAUACCUUUGUUGACCACCUUCCAGCAAAAAGGUCUGAACGAUUGGGGAUUUGUAUCAGAGCCACAGGUUUAUUCUUCGCGCGGACUUGGAGAACAGCGGCAGUACUUGCCUCGUGGUAAAGGACUUGGUGGCUCUGCCAUGUUAAAUUAUAUGCUGCAUUUCGACGGAGAACCGCGUGAUUUUGAAAGGUGGAGCAGUAGACACAAUUUGACUGAUUGGCGCUGGAAGGACAUUCGACCUUUCCUUACUGCGGUGCGUACACAGACUCAUUCCCUUUUUGAGAUACCAGCAGACUAUUCGAAAAUAACGGAGGCUCUAUACAAUUUGAAAAAAGAAUCUCCGAAAAAGAAUUGGCGGUUUCGCCGUGCUCGGUAUACAAUUAAAAAUGGGCUGCGUCACAAUGUAUUUCAUCAAUUUUUAUUGCCCUCUCUCAACCGUCGCAAUCUCUUCACACUUACCAAUGCAUAUUUGAAACGCUUGAACCUCGUUUACAUCGACGAAGAAAAGAGCGAGGUGCAGACUAUUUUAGUUGGCGUGAUGGAUACGAAAAAUCAUGAGGAGUACGUUUUCAGUGUAGAUGUGCAAUGUGAGGUGAUACUUUGCGCAGGCGCUUACCAAUCUCCACAAAUAUUACUGGCGUCUGGUAUUGGCGAUGCCUCGCUGUUUGAAGCAUUGGAUAUGCGGCAACAGUUACAACUGCCAUUGGUGGGCGAAAAUCUACACGAUCAUCUGAAUCUGCCGCUCUUUGUAUCCAUUGAUACGGUGGGCCCAACACUUAAUCAACGCGCUCUGCUUAAUCCCCUACAAAUUUUGAACUAUUUGGUAAACGGUUAUGGUCAUUUGGGUAAUUUCGGUGUUUUGGGUCACAUCGACUCCAGCUACGAAGAUAGCUUUGGUUUGACUUUCUUUGGUGUUGGUGCAGUGGACGAAAGCGCUUUAAUGUCAAUUUCCAAUUUUAAACAGGAGUAUUUUCGCGCGCUCUUCCCGCGUUAUCACAACACUUCACAGGAGGGUUUCGUGCUGAUAUCCACAUGUCUGCAGCCGAAAUCUCGUGGCACUGUUUCGAUCAGCAUGCCCAAUACCCGUUGGAAACCAAUUAUCGAUCCGAAUUAUCUGCGUGAGGCCGGUGAUAUUGAUUGUACGAUCCGUGCUAUACGCGCUGCCGUGGAGGUCGUGAAAUCGGCUAGCUUUGCUCCCCUGAAUCCGCGCAUCCAUUGGCCAAAGUUUGAUGAGUGCAAAAAGUAUGGACCAACGGAGCGGGAUUUUGUGGAAAAUAUGCCGACAGACAGGUACUUGGAGUGUGUGAUGAGAUAUGUGGGACUGGGGUCACAUCAUCCGGGCGGCACUUGUGUAAUGGGCACAUCAGCAAAUAAUAGUGUCGUGGAUUCGAAGUUCAAGGUACACGGCGUCGAAAAUCUGCGUGUCAUUGACGCAAGCGUGUUACCAACGCCCAUUUCUGGCAACCCUAAUUCCAUAAUAAUUGGUAUGGCAAUUCGCGGCGCCACAAUAAUUCUACAGAAGGAAAAAAUUAAAAAGAAAUGAGGAUUCAUGCGGUCCACAUACAAAAAUAUAUAGAUUACAUGUAGAGAGUCUCAAAAGUUCCGCAAAUUCCUAUAUGAAUAAACAUCUAGUUUCAACCGUCUCAACAAAGGCUUUUAGU